CUUAGUCACCCUUACUAAACCAACUUUUAUUUCAAAUAAGAUCCAGAUCAGUUCUUACUGUAAUACGAUUAUCUUUAUAACUUUUAUUCGUUUAGACUUUACUUUUUAUUCUCUUUUUCUUUCUGGUCCAAUAUUUGUUCUACCUAAUUGUAAGUUGAAUCUCUCUCUGAACAUGGAUGAAGGUGGUGAAGAUUGUUUCAUAUGGGAAAAUCAAGGUUGGGGUUUUCUGAAUUCGGAUAACUCAGGUGGUAACGAGGCAAAAUCAAGUGGUACAAAGUUACCCGAUACCUCGCAACUGCCUGUAUCAGAUGGUGUUGCUAGGGAGAUAGAGAUGGCAGGACCAUCCAACGGUAGAAAGAGGAGUGCACCAGGAAAGAACGGUGUCAAGGGAAAUAGAGAAGUGAAUGAAGGAAAAGUUAAUGGAGCAGGAGAAUCAGAUCAUGAGAUGCAUAUAUGGACAGAAAGAGAGAGGAGGAAGAAGAUGAGGAACAUGUUCUCUAAUCUUCAUGCUUUGCUUCCUCAACUUCCCCCUAAGGCGGACAAGUCAACAAUUGUUGAUGAAGCAGUGAACUACAUAAAGACACUUCAGCAUACCCUUCAGAAGCUUCAGAGACAGAAGCUGGAGAGGCUCCAUGGCAUGGCAACUUCAAUGAAUCCUUCCAUAAUCACCUCUCAGAAACUAAGUGCUGACAGUAUUAUAAGUAGGGAGGCAUUUUUAGCUGAUCAGGGCUCUACAAAUAACGCUGCCAUCAGCCCAACAAAUAAUGCUGCUAAUCCCAUUUCAAUGCCACAUUUUCCAGCAGUCUUUCAAUCUUGGACAUCUCCUAAUGUUAUCCUAAAUGUUUGUGGGGAGGAAGCUCACAUUAGUGUGUGUUGUCCCAAAAAGCCAGGCCUUUUGAGUAGCAUUUGUUAUGUUUUAGAGAAGCACAAGAUAGAGGUGGUAUCUGCCCAAAUUUCAUCUAAUGAUCACAGAAACAUGUACAUGAUUCAAGCCCAUGCAAGUGGAGCUUCUGAUAAGUUCUCUGAAACGUUUCCCGUGGAAGAAAUAUACAAGCAAGCAGCAGGAGAAAUAAUAAUGUGUGUAACAUCCCAGUGAUAUAUACUGCAUAUUUCACCAUAAGAGAUAAAGGAGCA